AUCAAACAAUCACAUCAACCGGGUCAUAUCUCACUUAGUGUGGGUCCCAUCUGCCGUCAUCGGCGCUAAUACAUUGUUCUUUCUUUAUUGUGAUGAAGCUGGAUCGUAGAUCGGUCCACAGCAUAUCCUCGACCGGCGGGAAAUGGGCAAAGCGAUGACCAAAAUGGCGGGAAGGAAUCAAAGCCUAAAAACUACACUAUAAAUAUAGAAACCAAAAAAAAAAAAAAGAAAAUUUAUAAUUUUGGUUAAUUUGGCCUAAAAUGGGAAAGAGAAAGAAAUCUAGGGUUUCACGCGAUGAAGAAGAGGAAGAAGUGGAGCAAGAUGAAGAGGAAAAUCAGUCUUUUUCAAAUGAGAAGAGCUUAUAUGAGGUUCUCGGUGUUGAAAAGACGGCAUCUCAACAAGAGAUUAAGAAAGCAUAUUAUAAGUUGGCCCUGAGACUGCAUCCUGAUAAAAAUCCUGGUGAUGAGGAAGCUAAAGAGAAAUUUCAGCAAUUGCAAAAGGUGAUAUCCAUUCUUGGUGAUGAGGAGAAAAGGGCAGUCUAUGAUCAAACUGGUUGUGUCGAUGAUGCUGACCUUGCUGGGGAUGUCGUUGAGAAUUUGAAAACAUUUUUCAGGGCUAUGUACAAAAAGGUCACUGAGGCUGAUAUUGAAGAAUUUGAAGCAAACUAUAGGGGAUCUGAUUCAGAGAAGAAAGAUCUAAUUGAUCUUUAUAGGAAGUGCAAGGGCAAUAUGAAUAAACUCUUCUGUUCAAUGCUUUGUUCAGAUCCUCAGCUUGAUUCACACCGUUUCAAGGAUAUGCUUGAUGAGGCAAUAGCUACUGGAGAAUUGAAAGAAACCAAAGCCUACCAGAAAUGGGCAAUGAAAAUAUCUCAAAUGAAGCCACCUACCAGUCCCUCGAGGAGGAAGGGGAAAUCAACUAAACAGUCAGAAUCAGACCUAUUGGCAAUUAUAUCUCAUCGCCAAAGUGAGAGGAAAGGCCGGUUUGAUUCUAUGUUUUCAUCACUGGUGUCCAAAUAUGGGGGUAAUGCAGAUUCUGAACCCACUGAAGAAGAAUUUGAAGCUGCACAGAGGAAAGUUGAAAGCCGAAAGGCCUUAAACAAAUCAAAGCGGAAGUGACAUUAGGUCUUCCCUAGAUUUUAAUCUAGGAUUGUUUCUGUAAACGGUUGGUAACUUGUCUUAAUUAUCUGAAUGCAAAUUGCCUUACCUGCUCCGAAGGAACAUGGAAAGUUGCCUUUGUUCUAGUAACUCAAAAACGACACUGUAAUUUGUAUUUCUCGAGUUAUCUGCAUUUUGAUGAAAGGCUUAGGAUGCAGUUAUAUUAUGCGUGCUUUGGCUUAAAGAACAACCAAAUUGUCAAGUAACCUAUCUGGUAUCCUGUUGGUGAGUUAUGAUAAAGACUAUUCCCCACCGCUAUCAUGAGCUGUAAUAGCAAAGAUUGGUUCGGUGAUGAUGAUUAAUAAGUAGCUAUUUGAUGUUGGAUUCGAAGACAGCGUGUGCCGUGUGGUUUCGAAAUGUAUUUUAUCAGCAAGAUGGAAGCAGCUAUAUCUCAUUGAAAGGAGAGGAUAUAAGUUACUUCAUUUUUACUUAAGCUUAAGAUGGUUUCUGUCCUUCAGUAUAUCUUAAUAGAACAAAUUGUUACGAAGAAAUUUAAAGAUCUACUACAAGGCUGGUAGAAGCAACCAGCGGAAGAUUCUUCAAUGGCAAAACGUGAGCACCAUGAAUUUGAAACCUUUAUUUGCCAAAUGCUGAAAGAUCUGCCUGUUGCCCAAAGUUCAAAAUGUGUUGAAAAGGGCUUUAAAAAUUGCUCCAAGUUGUUUAUUCGAAGGAGCAAAAAAUGAGGCUAACCAACAGUUUGGUCUCCCCUUCCAGCUGUGGUAAGGAAUGAUGUGCAAAUGUUGAAACCAUAGCUUAGUUGCUGGCGAAAGCGCCUAGCUUAGAAUGGAAAAAAUGCUUCAUUGAAAGUAGAGAGAUGGGCCAUUUUGUCUCUUCUUUCAAACUUUCAUAGGUUUUCUGGAGUGGAUUAAAGGACCCUUUUCCCUUUGCAGUCUUUUGAUGCAGCUGAAUUUUAGGGUCCAAAUUUUGCGUUUGGUGUUUAAUUGGGAUCUAGGGACAGCACAAUGUUUAAUCUCAUAUUGUUAAAAUUGUUAAUGAAAA